GUGGACGAAGUGGAUUCUUCUCCUCCUCCUCCUCCUUCUCCUUCUCCUCUCGGCUCUGCUUCUCCACCGCCGCUGCUGUCGCUGCUGCUGCUGCUGCUGCUGCUUCUGAGGACAGACGCUCUCACUGCGGCGGAAACUUCUGCCAGGAGACGCGGGAAGGGCAAAGAGGGGAGUCUGAACCUGAGCCCCUAGAGAGACACAUCCAGGCUUUUUCCCACUUCUAUGAGGACUUCUCCAGAAUCCAUCACCAGUCAUUGACCAACACACUGAAGAGGCUGCAAUGUCCAUCUGAACUCACUGCUCCUCUUGCAGCCAUGGCCCAACAGAGUGCUCAGCUGUCCCACUGCUAGGCAACGGGGCAUCCGGGAGGGCAGGAGACAUGUUGGGACAGAGGCCCGGGAACCACUGCACUGAAUUUAGUUACUAUAGCUGUUACUGUAGUAACCAUGGAAAUGCUACGGAGGACUGGUCUGGUCUGCACUGUCAUCAUCAUCAUGUUUGUCACAGAGGUCGCAGGAGGUCACAGGGAUGAGUUUGCUCAAUCACAAGCUGCUUUCCUCUCCAGUCUAGGCCAGUAUGAGAUUGCUAUCCCAGUGCGUGUAGGGCCUAAUGGUGAGGCACUGGACACACCUCAACACCAACGAAGAAGACGCCGCAGCACUGAAGACAGACCACCUGACUCACUCUUCUACCAGCUGUCCAUGCCACGCAACAACUUCCUGCUGAACCUGACGCUGCAGGGAGGCCUGCUCUCCCACCAGUUCAGGGUUGAGUACUGGAAGAGGGGUAGAUUAGCCUGGAGUCACCCUUACUCUCCCCAUUGCCACUACACAGGACACCUCCAAGACCAGCCGCUCUCCAGCAAAGUGGCCCUGAGCAACUGUGAUGGCCUGCAGGGGGUGAUUGUAGCAGGAGGAGAGGAGUACCUGAUCGAACCUCUCGUCUCAUCAGAUAACCAGACCAGAACAGAGAGGGCAGAGGAGCGCCCCCAUGUGGUUUAUAAACGCUCAUCGCUUCGCCAUCAGUACAAGGGCCAAUCGUGUGGAGUCAUUGAUGAAAAACCGAUGAAAGGAGCGUCUUGGUGGCAGCGAACACUGAAGACACCUCCGCAUCACGUCGGCCGCGGCCAGCUGCCUCUGAAGCGCUCAGUUAGCCGGGAGCGCUACGUGGAGACGCUGGUGGUCGCUGAUAAGAUGAUGGUGGGUUACCACGGCCGCAGGGACAUCGAGCAGUACAUCCUGGCUGUCAUGAAUAUUGUUGCCAAACUGUUCCAGGAUUCUAGCCUGGGGAAUGCAGUUAACAUUGUAGUGACACGGCUCAUCCUGCUCAUGGAAGACCAGCCAACACUGGAGAUCAACCACCAUGCAGGGAAGUCUUUAGACAGUUUCUGUAAGUGGCAGAAAACCAUCCAACACCGCAGCAGCUAUGGAAACGCCAUACCAGACAAUGGGAUCGCUCACCACGACACCGCUGUGCUCAUCACCAGAUAUGACAUCUGCAUCCAAAAAAACAAGCCCUGCGAAACCCUAGGUCUGGCUCCUGUGGGAGGGAUGUGUGAACCGGAGAGAAGCUGCAGUAUCAAUGAGGACAUUGGCCUCGGAACAGCGUUUACCAUCGCCCAUGAGAUCGGACACACGUUUGGGAUGAACCAUGACGGUAUGGGGAACGCAUGUGGCCCUCGCAGCCAGGAGACCGCCAAGCUGAUGGCCGACCACAUCACCAUGAAGACAAACCCGUUCAUCUGGUCGGCAUGUAGCCGGGAUUACAUCACCAGCUUCCUGGACUCUGGAAUGGGAUCGUGUCUGAACAACGUUCCACCAAAGCAGGAGUUUGUGUAUCCCACCACAGCUCCUGGUCAGGCCUACGACGCUGACGAACAGUGCCGCUUCCAGUACGGAGUCAGAUCUCGACAGUGUAAAUAUUCGGAAGUCUGCAGUGAGCUGUGGUGCAUGAGUAAGAGCAACCGUUGCAUCACCAGCAGCAUUCCUGCUGCGGAGGGAACCAUCUGUCAGACCAACACAAUAGAGAAAGGGUGGUGCUAUAAGAGGAUGUGUGUGGCAUAUGGGACUCGUCCGGAGGGCGUGGACGGAGGCUGGGGGUUGUGGUCACCCUGGGAGGAGUGCAGCAGGACGUGUGGAGGUGGAGUCUCCUCCUCUAUCAGACACUGUGACAGUCCCAGGCCAACCAUUGGUGGAAAGUACUGUCUCGGCGAGAGAAAGCGUUUCAGGUCCUGCAAUAUUGACGAGUGCCCUGCUGGAUCUCAUGAUUUCAGGGAGAUUCAGUGCUCCAACUUUGACAGUGUUUCUUUCCGGGGAAAAUUUUACACCUGGAGGCCAUACAGAGGAGGUGGGGUGAAGCCCUGCUCUCUAAACUGUCUGGCAGAAGGUUAUAACUUCUACACGGAGCGUGCUCCAGCUGUGGUGGAUGGUACACCCUGCAGAGAUGACUCCCUGGAUGUGUGUGUAAAUGGAGAGUGCAAGCACGUCGGCUGCGAUCGCAUCCUCGGAUCGGACGUACGCGAGGACCGCUGUCGGAUCUGUGGGGCCGACGGGAGCAGCUGCUUGAGUGUUGAGGGACUCUUCAACGACUCGCUUCCUGAAGGGGGUUAUGAAGAAGUGGUCCGAAUUCCCAAAGGAUCAGUGUUCAUCCACAUACAGGAGCUCAACAUCUCCCUCAACUACCUUGUGCUAAAGAGUAAAGGUGACCAGUAUUAUAUCAAUGGGAAGCUGACCAUUGACACACCACGCAGGUUCGAUAUAGCUGGUACCAUAUUCCACUACAGGCGUCCCACUGAUGGGCCAGAAACUCUUGAAGCUCUGGGGCCAACGAACAUAACACUGAUUGUCAUGGUGCUGGUGAGGGAGGAGAACCCAGGGAUCCACUAUCGUUUCAACCCCCCACUCAACAGGGAACCUCUGAAUGGUUUUGCCUGGCAUUACACGUCCUGGUCACGCUGCUCCGCUCUCUGUGCAGGAGGUGUGCAGAUCCAGCAGGUGGUGUGUAGGAAGCAGUCCGAUCAUUCAGUUGCCUUCAACCACUUCUGUGACAAGAAGAACAAACCAAAAGAGAAGAAGAGAUCCUGCAAUACUGAGCCAUGCUCCCCAUCCUGGUGGACAGGAGAGUGGUCGGAGUGCAGUCGCAGCUGUAACGGCGGCCUGCAGACUCGAGAGGUUUUAUGUAAAAGGAGGAUUUCUGUGACGGAGGAGAAAGUCCUGGAUGACGCAACCUGUUCCACUCCACGUCCCUCGCUCACUGAGCCGUGCAGCAACCACAGCUGCCCCCCCGAAUGGCUGGCCCUGGACUGGUCAGAGUGUACGCCCAGUUGUGGUCCCGGCUUCAGGCACCGCUUGGUCUUGUGUAAGAGCGGGGAGAGCGGUGACACGCUGCCUGAGUCCAAGUGCCCCAAGUAUGGCAGACCCACCUCCAGGGUGCGCUGUAACCUGAAGCGUUGCCCUCCCCCUCAGUGGGUGACCGGUCCCUGGGGAGAGUGUUCUGCCAAGUGUGGCCUCGGUCAGGGGAUGCGUUCGGUUCAGUGUCUGACCCACAAUGGUCAGCCGUCCGCUGAGUGUAUGGAGCAUCAGCGACCAGCAGCCAUGCAGCAGUGCAAGAGCAAAUGUGACCUCAGUCUGCCCAUCAGCACAGACAAUCCCGAAGAGUGCAAAGAUGUGAACACCGUGGCCUACUGCCCCCUGGUGCUCAGGUUCAAGUUCUGCAGCCGGCCAUAUUUCAGACAAAUGUGCUGCAAGACGUGCCAGGGACACUGACAGCGUCCGUCCUCGUCUCCUGAACACACUCACUCACUCACUCACUCACUCACUCACUCACAGUAAGCCUGAAACCGUCCCACUGAGCCGUGUCCCAGUAGCAGCAGCAGCAGCACCCACACUGCCUCUGUCAGAGGAGUGGGCCUGUCAGACUGUCCUGGUCCUGGAUCUGGUCAGGGGAGACCAUUUUCAGCCAGAAUCCAGAUGCCUCACUGGGCCUAAACAGCCUGAGUGCAGUUUAUACAUUCCACUGGAGACAGGGCUUCUCAAACCUGGAGAGGCAGAGAGAGGGAUGAACCCUCUGUCUGUCUCUCUCUGUCUCUCUCUCUCUCUCUCUCUCUCUCUCUCUCUCUCUCAUACUUAAUUGGUGCUACUUUUAUUUCACUUUGGCCACAGGACUGGUGUCUUUGCUUCAGUGGCCUCUGUUUCUUAAACCUGUUUGUUCACAGGUGCUGUCUGUUUAGUUCUGAAUUUUUAAGACAAAAAAAACAAAACAAAUCCACUUUGUAAAGAAAAUUAUUUUUCCAAAUAUAUUUGCUCAUGAAAAGGAAUAUCUUAUGUUAUGUCGUGUAAAAUGUGUCUAUUGUUAUCUGGUCAGUUGUUACUUGACCGCAUCGUGUUCUCGGAUUCUUGGAUUUGCACAGUGUCAGCAGUCACAUGACGUGUGUGUGUGUGUGUGUGCUUUGUGUCUGUGUUUUGGAUCGGAUUUGACUUGAUGUCUCCAUCCAUUUCUUCUUAGUUUAUUGUCCAUGUUAUCACCUCAAGUCUUCACGCACCACCUUCAGUAAUGUGAGCAAAGCCAGAGCUCACAUCGCCGGGACCCCCUACGUGACCCCGGCACGACUCGACUCGCCUCGGCAACUUUGUUUUGCUUUUCCGUUAGUGAUAGUACCUGGUGCUUUUUUCUUUUCUUUUUUUUUAGUACCUGCACAGGCGAGGUUCAAAACACAUUACACAUCUGACACAAGAAUCAAACCAACCAAUUUUUUGCCUCAGCGCGUCCAACAGGGUCCUCGCUGUGACUCAGCUGAAGUGUGAGCAGAGUCGGAUUUGCACAGUGUGUGAAGAGGAGUAAUAUUGUAAUGUUAUGAGACAUUCAUUUACAUGUCCAGCAUCUGUAAGUUAAGUUUGCGUCCACUCGAGUGAACCACAUUCAUGCUGUCGUCUUGUCCUUUGACACAUUGAUUUGAAAUCUAUUCUUUGCUUUCAUUCAUAAACAGGUAUAAUUUAACUGGCUGUUCUUUCUUAAGAACAAUGAUUCACAGAUUCGGUUCUUCAGGGCUUUCAGGUGUGAGUCAUGGUGGUGUUUUUGAUUAUGGGACUUUUACAGUCACGUCAUCAUCGGAAGGAGGUCACCUGACCCAAAGCUGUGUAGCACAGAUUCAUUGACACAUUUUUAAAGAUGCAGUUUCAGUAGUUUUUCCGUCCUGUAGAGAGUAUUUUUAGAAACGCUGAGACCUGAUGUCUCGUCUGAGACAUCAGGUCUGACGGCAUCACUAUGAAGUCCACUGUGCUCUGAGGUCAGCUGUGACGGGGCCUGACACACUGAUCACUGCUGAGAGCAACUCCACUAAAUGUCUCUAAAUGACACAUCAUUCCAUUACGGGGGAAAAAGGAAGCUACAGCUUGUCUUUUUUUUGUAAUAGCUGCAAUGUUGUGUAUUUUUUCGGUGCUUUGGUUUUGAUUGGUGCUAUUAGUUCACUGUUGUUGUCAAUGUGUUGGUUCUGAGUUACAGUUUUAUUUUGGUUUUUAUAUCAGUUUGAGCCUUUUGUGAUAAUCAGCAGAGCUGGCCUGACGUGUGUGAGCGCAGCUGCUAAGGCCACGCGACUUUAUUUCUCCUGAAAUGCAGCUCACAAAACAAGGUGUGAGGUUAUGUUCUUGAGGUUCAUCACACAAAAGCAUUUUCAAGUGUUUCAUAUAUUAGAAUUAUCAAAUUAUGUUGAGUCUGGGUCAGACUAUCUAAUCCAGGGGUCUCAAACUGGCGGCCUCCUAAUCGAUUCCUUGUGGCCCACCAGUUAUUGUCAAGUCAUAAGGAAUGAUUUCUGUAUGGUUCCUUUUAUUAAUAGAUUCAUAUUUUAUUGUUCCAUAUCGACACAUUUAUUUUGAAAAUCUGUUAAACACAAAUACCGUCACAAAUAUUGUUAAUAUUACAUUAUCGUGAUGAAAUAUAUCAUUUCAAGUUCAUACAGCCAACCUCGACUGAAUGGUUGCUUUUUUUCCGACCACACUAGAUGCUCAUCAGCCGCUAGGUCAUUUCAGUUUGAGACCCCUGAGCAAAUCUGUAGAGAAACAUACAGUUAAAUAAGUACAGUACUUUUAUAAAUGUGUAUGCCAUUGGAUUGUACAGCCGCCCCAUUAUUAUUCAAGGUAGGAAUACUAUUUAUAACGUUUUCAGUUGCACAUACUGUCGUACAUCGUCCUGUUUCAGUGUUUGAAAGACAUUUUUCUCUGUGUCGACCUAAAAAAUCAAGCUUCACACUGAGGUGGUAGUGAACUUGUUUUGUCUGAAAUAAAUAGGAGGGACAGUACCGGUAAUCUUUUUUGUUUGUUUGUUUGUUUUCCACAUGCCAUCUAUAACAUGGAAUGAACUGUAUGUUGUCUGAUAUUAUAGAGAAGCUACAUCCAUUUGUCCCCGUGUACAUCUUGUUAAAGAACUAUUCAACUGAUUAAACAUGGUGCAUUGUUGAUUUAAAAAAAUAA